UCGGGGUUUAAAGCAGGGAAUUUCGUCUGUCUGUCUGUCGGUCUCUCGGUCGGUCUAUCGCCAUCUCCAUCUCCAUCCCCUCCCCCUCUGCUAUCCCACCACCAUGCCUCCCUCGCCCACCACCCCCCAGUCUGGGGAGCUCCGUGACCCCUUACUGAAAUCCCUCCCCGAACCGUAUCUCCAGCCGCUGUCCGCCCCGUCCACUGCCUCCGCCGACCAUCGCCAUCACUCCUCCUUCCUGCACACCAUUGCAGCCGCCAUCCCCAGCGCGGGCGCAUACCCGUUGCUCGUCUUUCUCCCCCUGGGCCUCAUCGCUGGGGUCUGCGGCUGGAACCCCGUCCUCGUCUCCAUCUACAACUUCCUCGCCAUCAUCCCCCUCUCCGCGUUGGUGUCGGACUCCUCAGACGCCUUGUCAGAUUAUCUGGGAGACCUCCUCGGGGGCCUGGUUAACGCCUCACUGGGCAACUCGGUCGAGUUAAGCACCGGAAUCUUGGCCGUCGCAAGCGGAGAUUUCUACUUCGCGCAGUGUGUCAUGAUAGGGAGUAUCCUUUCGGACCUCCUGCUGAUCCUCGGAUGCUGUCUCGUCACCGCCUCGUACAACACCUAUAUCCUCCACUUCAACAAACCCGUCACGGGCGCCCUGGCCUCGUUGAUGGUCGUGACCUCCGUCGGCUUGAUUUUGCCCUCCGUGCUGUACUCGACCUUCCCCUUCGACCUCGGCGACCAGAUCGUGUCCUUUUCGCGGGGAACCUCUGUCGUCCUGCUUGUCCUCUACGGGGGUUAUCUAUACUUUCAGCUGGGGACGCACAGCCAUCUCUUCCAGCAGCAGAGUAGCGAUCAGGAUGAGGUGGACUCGUCUCCAGAGCCCCGGCGGGAUUUGAACAAGUCGCUGUUCAUCCUCGCCCUCUCUACACUCGCGAUAGUUGCCUGCACCAGAUAUAUCCUGGCCAGCAUCCCCGCCACGGCCAUCGCCCUGAAUAUCUCCAAGACCUUCAUUGCGACCAUCUUGAUCCCCAUUGCCAGCAAUGCCCCCGAAGGAGCCGCAGUGAUCAUGGCUUGCACCGGUGGUGGCGAUGUGAAUUUUGCCAUCAGCGUGAUCGUGAGCAGCAUCCUCCAGAUCGGGUUGUUUGUCAUCCCGUUCCUGGUGAUGCUUGGCUGGCCGAUUGGCCAGCCCAUGACCCUCUACUUCGAAACCUUCCACACGGUCGUCUUGUUCUUCUCCGUCCUCCUGGUCAACUGUAUCCUGCAAGACGGCAAGUACACCUAUAUCCACGGCAGCAUGUUGGUGGCCAUGUAUGCCAUUCUGACACUAGCCUUUUACGUCCGCUAAGCCGUAGCCCCGGGUGUUGUCAUUUUAUUCAUAGCGACCAGUAGUGAUGCAGUGUCAUUCGUAUUGCAUGCUAUCUAAAACACGAGAUGGAUGAAUAUAUAUAUGUAUCCCAUCGAUGAUGAAAAUGAACGAUCAAGAUGUGUUCACGGUCACCACAUCCGCGCUGGGGCUGAUCCCCGGACAGACGUAGAAGGCCACCCCCGCAAUGACAUAUGUUCCACACAACAUC